AUACAGUGACCGACGUGUUUCUCUCCCAAGUUUUGAACGAUCUUCCCGCAACAGGAUGAAGGGACGAACGGAUGCUCCGCAGGACCGGGGCUGCAUGGUGGGGAUCAUUUUCUUCAUCCUGGGCCUGGGAACGCUGCUCCCCUGGAACUUCUUCAUGACAGCCUCAUUGUAUUUUCAAGGUCGCCUGAACACGACCGAGAUGAGCAACGGCACGUUGGUGGUCCGUAAAGAGUACUACUUCAACAACUGGAUGACCCUGCUGUCCCAGCUGCCCCUGCUUCUGUUCACCCUGCUCAACUCUUUCCUCUACCAGAGGAUAUCGGGGGCAAUCCGUAUCGGAGGGAGCCUGGUUUUUAUCCUGCUGCUCUUCAUCUUCACGGCUGUGCUGGUAAAAGUGCCCAUGGAGGAAGACAGCUUCUUCUCCGUCACCAUGGCUACUAUCUGGUUCAUUAACUCGUUUGGUGCGGUGCUGCAGGGCAGUCUGUUUGGCCUGGUGGGUCUGCUGCCCCAGAAGUACAGCGCCAUCUUCAUGAGUGGGCAGGGCCUCGCCGGGACCUUUGCUGCCAUCGCCAUGCUCAUAGCCAUAGGCAGUGAUGUCGACUCUGAGACGGCAGCGUUGGGUUACUUUGUCACGCCAUGUGUGGGGACGCUGUUAACGCUCUUCAGCUACAUGCUGCUGCCACGCCUGGAAUUUGCCCGCUAUCAUCUGGACAAUAGUAACAAGUAUGAGGCAGAAACCACAGACGGGCUGCUCAAAGAGAGCGGCGCAGCAGAGAGCGGAAAGCUGAACGGACACGCUAACAGCACAGACGAGGCGGCGGGGGACCAAAUAUCAGACGCCACCACCAAGCACACCAUCCUGUCCUUGGAGCCGGCUAAGGCCUCGGUGAAGGAGGUUUUUAAAAAGAUCUGGGUGAUGGCGUUCUGCGUGACGUUUGUGUUCAUCACACUGUCCGUCUUCCCCGCCGUCACUGCAGACGUCAGAACAUAUUUUCCAAAUACUAACUGGGAGCGUUUCUUUAUCUCCACGUGCUGCUUCUUGGCCUUCAACAUCAACGACUGGUUCGGUCGGACCAUCACCACGUGGAUACAUUGGCCGUCCAAAGAGUCUCGUCUGUUCCCGGCGCUGGUUGUCUCCCGGGUGGUCUUCAUCCCUCUGCUCAUGCUCUGUAACGUCCAGAGUCGCUCGUACCUGCCCGUCUACUUCCACCACGACGCUGUGUUCACCGUCAUCAUGUGUCUCUUCUCCCUGUCCAGCGGCUACUUCGUCUGCCUCUCCAUGUCCUACGCUCCACAGUUGGUGGAGCCCAAAGACGCUGAGACUGCGGGCGCUCUGAUGACCUUCUUCUUAGCUCUGGGUCUGUCCAUCGGAGCCGCCGUGUCCUUCCCUCUCAGAGCUCUGAUCUAAUCACACACACACACACACACAUUUACCAGCCCGUAGACUCUCUUACUUUUUACUUUUUACUCUCCUGAAGGAGAAUCUUGAUGAAAGAUGAAUCAUCACUUAACCUCUCCUGUACGACCUCCUGUGUUUCUGUUAAUCCGUCGGCUGCUGUGUGUGCGACGGCAUCGACGACCAGCGACUGACGCUGAGAAACGGCAGCUCCUGAACUGAAAGUGGCCAUAAAAUACUGACAGGAUGGUGACGUGACCUCCUGCUAACCUGAAGACGCAGGUUAGAAAGAAUUCCUCUCGGGUUAAAGGAUUGAUUAGUUUGACCUUUUUUUAGGAUUAUUUAUGUUUAAUUUGUCCUCUAGAGACGUGGAGUCAUGGAGACGGAUAUUUACGACAGUGUUAACGCCAUGUCAAAGGAACAAAAUCUGAGGAUUCCAAAAUAUAGUUAUUAUAUUAUUACGAGGAUAAAUUUGUAGGGGAAUAACGUUGUUGUAAUUUGAGAAUAAAGUCUGAAUAUUACGACAAAAAAAUCACAAGCAAGUAAAUCAUAACUUAUGAGAGUAUAGUUUUACUAUUAGAAGAUAUGAGUUGGAAUUUUCAGAGAAUAAAGUUGUAAUAAUCCAAGCGAAAAAUAAGCUAAUGUAGUGUAAAAAAAGUGUAAAGUGUAAAAUCCUGCAGUUCAUCGAGUGUCCACUAGAGGCUGGCUGCAGGAACACAGGAAGUUACA